UAUGCUUUAAAAAGUUAUAGGCGAAUUCAUCAAGAAACUGGCCUUUUUCAUUUGAAAGAUAGACACUCUCCAAUGUAUUCAUGAACAUGUGGUUUUCUUUCCCUCCUACCUUAUUUUUUAUUAUUUUUCACAUAGAAGAUAAAGUGUCUGGAUCCCCAUUAAAAGCCGAGUUAUUUACUGGAAGUGUGGAAGAGCUGGAGAAGGUGUGGACAGCUGAUAAGGAAGAAAUGAGCUCUGUCCAGAAGCCUGGUGCUAAUGAAGUGGUGUCCACUACAUUGUGCUAUGAAGUGAAUGGUUCCUGCUCCAGAAUGCUUCACUCCUUUGGCGUUCAGCUGGCCAUCUACAUGGCCUGUGCCAUGGGCAUGCUGCUCACACUACUGGGGAACCUGAUGGUGAUGAUUGCAGUCUCCCAAUUCAAAACUCUACAUACUCCCACCAACUUUUUACUACUCUCUCUGGCCCUCGCAGAUCUCCUCCUGGGGUUAACGGUGCUGCCCUUCAGCACUAUCCGAUCUGUGGAGAGCUGCUGGUAUUUUGGAGAUGACUUUUGUAGGCUGCAUACCUUUCUGGACACUGUCUUUUGUUUGACCUCUAUAUUUCAUCUGUGUUUUAUUUCCAUUGAUCGUCACUAUGCUAUCUGUGAUCCUUUGCUCUACCCCACUAAGUUUACCGUAAGAGUGGCUUGUAUAUAUAUAGCGAUUGGGUGGGGGAUCCCCAUGAUUUAUACUUUUGUCUUGCUCUAUACCAAUGCAAUUGAGGAAGGGCUGGGCCAUUUCUUACAAGACAUACCCUGUGUUGGUAGAUGUCAGCUACUGUUCAACAAACUCUGGGGCUGGUUGAACUUCCCUUUGUUCUUCUUCCCCUGCCUCAUAAUGAUAACUUUGUAUGUGAAAAUAUUUAUUGUGGCAAACAGACAAUCUAGUCGGAUAAGCAGCAUGAACAAGAGUGCUGGAUUUGGGCUACACUUAGGAGCAUCAAAGAGGGAAAGAAAGGCAGCUAAAACUCUUGGUAUAGCUGUAGGAAUCUACCUCCUGUGCUGGCUGCCCUUUACUAUAGACACCAUGGUAGACUGUCUUCUAAAUUUCAUUACCCCACCAGUUCUCUUUGAUGUCCUAAUCUGGUUUGCUUACUUUAAUUCAGCCUUCAAUCCUUUGAUUUAUGUGUUUUCCUACCGUUGGUUCAGGAAGGCAGUGAAACUAAUUUUAACUCUCAACAUCAUUGGUUCCGGGAUAUCUACUGUAGACUUGUACGAGGAAUGACCAGAGCUUUUAGAUAACACUGUCUGUUAAAAUAGCUCACAACCAUAAAUGUGGCCCCAAGGAGGAGAUCCUUUCCUUUUAGUUAUUUAUUAAAGUGGUAAAUAAUGAGAAGCAAUACUGAGAACAUGAUAAGAAAUAAAAACUCUGGGAAAUGAUAUUGACAGAUUAUUUCUGCCCAAUGGAAAGAUGAGGGUUUCAAAGCAACCAACAGAGUUGGGAGGCCCAAUUCCUGUCAAUUUUAUUUAGGCAAUUUUGAAAAUCUGAACCGAAAUCCUGAAAGACAACAGAAAAAUACUGAACUACAAAUCAUCAAAGCAGUUCUCAUAAUGGUUUUUGGAACAUUCAGUGAGCUGGCAUUAUUCAAUUCAAUGUCCAUCUUUCUCAAAGCAGCUAGAUUGGGCAGACUCUAACUUGGGUUUCACAUACUAGACAUACUUGUCACUUACC